AUGCCCAACAAAGCUCAAGAGGAUGCUGUAAUCAACCUGAAGACUCUGCAGGAGAUCUCCAAGCAGCUUGGUUUCGAAUGGACGGUUCUGGCGUAUGAGCUUGGCUUCAGCAGAGCGGAGAUCGGACGCUUCCACACCACAUCUACAGAUAAAACCACUCAGGCCAGGACCAUGCUGGAAAGCUGGUAUGAGAAGUCAUGGGACAAACACAACAAGACCAAACUGCUGCAAGACGGACUAGAACGAGUAGGAAGACGUGACCUCGCUGAGAGACUUCGCUGCCUCCACUGGGGCCACCAGAAACUGAGCCGAAGGGUGGAACUUCCCUCUGCAUUUCCUUUCCUCAUCACAGUCCACAAGACUAUCCACAACCAAGACGCAUUACGCAAAAUCAAUGACCUCAAUCGAAGAUUUACUUGA